GUAAAUAGCAACACGUGAAGUGCAAACUUCGAAGACAGCUUCAUAAACGAGGGGCUGUAUGCACACGGCGUGAUGAGUACCUAGGGAUUGUAACUUCAGUGCUUUUCAACAUUGACAUGACAUUCGAUCUGAUCUGACCAAUGAGUAUACACGCGCUGUAUCAUGGUACAUGUAUGAUUAUUAUUAGUUAUAUUUUCAUGUCAUUGUGACCUUAUGUUAUUGUUUAAUGUCUUGUCACAUAGACGUUUGGGUCAUGUUGUAGGAUUCCCACGUAACGUUAGAAAAACGCAAUAUAUUGUUGUGUAUAAUCCUAACUCACACUUGAACGGAGAGAGAGAGGGGGGUGUGAGUGUUCUUUUCUGUUCCCCUCUCAUCCGCCGGACAUUUCACUGAAUCCAAAGAUCGCCAUGGAAAUCAACAAAGACACCGCCAUGCCCUCAACUUGUGUCCUAUGAAGAAGACAAAAGCCCGGAUCAACAACAAAGAGUUUGUAGUAAACUGCCUCUCAGUCUCUGUGCUGUCAGAGAAAGAUUGCGCAACAACAGUAUUAACCGACACAUUGACUUCUUGUGCAGCCGAAUGGCCAUGCUCAACAUCAGGAUCUGCACACAACUUAAUGCUCGGAGAAAGUGUAUUUUAACAUUGACUUCUUGUGCAGCCGAAUGGCCAUGCUCAACAUCAGGAUCUGCACACAACUUAAUGCUCGGAGAAAGUGUAUUUUAACAUUGACUUCUUGUGCAGCCGAAUGGCCAUGCUCAACAUCAGGAUCUGCACACAACUUAAUGCUCGGAGAAAGUGUAUUUUAACAUUGACUUCUUGUGCAGCCGAAUGGCCAUGCUCAACAUCAGGAUCUGCACACAACUUAAUGCUCGGAGAAAGUGUAUUUUAACAUUGACUUCUUGUGCAGCCGAAUGGCCAUGCUCAACAUCAGGAUCUGCACACAACUUAAUGCUCGGAGAAAGUGUAUUUUAACAUUGCAUGGAGAGAAUGGUUGUUGCUAUGCAUUAGUUGCAGAGGAACAUGCACGCAUUUGACUUUUAGCAGCUUAUAGUGUGACUGAAAAGCCGAUGACUGUCUACAUUUUCACACCGUCUAUUGUUGCUUUUAUUUCUCUCAACUUUCUUUCUUGUGUUAUUCAGCCGUUUUAACCAAAACCACAGUCAGCAAUCUCACAAUACCUGGGAUUGAUGAUGCACGCGGACCAAUAGGAGAGGGGCCACGGCACGCGGAUUGUUAUUUGAUGGGUGAACGUUGGUAGGGGGAUAGGGCGUCCUCCAAUGAGUGUCUGAGUACCGGGUCACAUGUUGCCCCCCCACCCCCAAACCCUUCCUCCCCAUUCAUCAGGGGUGGACUGUGUUGUCUUUUCAAUUCAUUUAUCUGCAGGAAUGAUUGCGACUAUCAGUCUACUGCUCACCGCUUGACUGGGGAGGUGAAAGUUUCGCCACAGGAAGAGAAACCGCAAAAUACAAUAUUGUAGCCUCCGUGAUUCGCGUGUGGAUCGGAUGAGAGGAAGAACAGGAAACAUUCCUAUCUUGUUUUAGGUAAAUAGAACAUAUGUGGAUUGGAGUUUGCUCAGCUCAGUAAAGUCCGCUAGAUAUUUUUUUUGCAUGCAGAGCAGAGAGAGAGAGAGGUAUAGAGGUCAGAAGAAUAUCUGUGCAUGAUUUUUAAUUCCUGCUCUCAGUUGCCUCAUUGAGUUGUAGACUGACGGAAGAUGCUGCUGGACGCAGGACCCCAGUACCCCACCAUAGGAGUCACUACGUUUGGCUCCUCAAGGCAUCACUCAACAGGCGAAGUAACAGAACGAGAAGUGGCUUUGGGGAUAAAUCCAUUCGCAGACGGGAUGGGCGCAUUUAAAAUCAACCACAGCUCCCACGACCUUAGCUCCGGCCAGACGGCGUUCUCCUCCCAGGCUCCCGGCUAUGCUGCUGCCGCUCUGGGUCACCACCACCACCCGACCCACGUCAGCUCCUACUCCACGGCUGCAUUCAACUCCACCCGGGACUUUCUCUUCAGAAACCGGGGCUUCGGAGACGCAACCAGCGCGCAGCACAGCCUGUUUGCCUCCGCAGCGGGAAGUUUUGCAGGGCCACAUGGACACUCUGAUGCCACCGGGCACCUGCUCUUCCCCGGACUCCACGAGCAAGCCGCCAGCCAUGCGUCAUCUAAUGUCGUCAACAGCCAGAUGCGCCUUGGCUUUACUGGGGACAUGUACGGCCGGGCUGACCAGUAUGCCCACGUUACGAGCCCCCGCUCCGACCACUACGCCUCCUCCCAGCUGCACGGCUAUGGCCCUAUGAACAUGAACAUGGCGGCUCACCACGGGGCAGGGGCCUUCUUCCGAUACAUGAGGCAGCCCAUCAAACAAGAGCUCAUCUGUAAGUGGGUCGAGCCCGAACAGUUGUCGAACCCCAAAAAGGCUUGCAACAAAACUUUCAGCACAAUGCACGAGCUCGUGACCCACCUGACAGUGGAGCAUGUCGGGGGACCGGAGCAGUCUAACCAUAUCUGCUUCUGGGAAGAGUGCGUCCGAGAAGGAAAACCGUUCAAAGCCAAGUACAAACUGGUAAAUCAUAUCAGAGUGCACACCGGAGAGAAACCAUUUCCAUGUCCCUUCCCCGGCUGUGGAAAAGUGUUUGCCCGAUCGGAGAACCUGAAGAUCCACAAGAGGACUCACACUGGUGAGAAGCCUUUCAAGUGUGAGUUUGAUGGCUGCGACAGGCGGUUUGCUAACAGCAGCGACCGGAAGAAACACAUGCACGUCCACACUUCUGACAAGCCUUAUCUCUGCAAGAUGUGCGACAAGUCCUACACACAUCCCAGCUCUCUGCGGAAACACAUGAAGGUUCACGAGGCUACCACGCAAGGACCUCAACCGUCGCCAGCGGCCAGUUCCGGGUACGAAUCGUCCACGCCGCCCACCAUCGUGUCUCCGUCCACAGAGAACCAUAAUUCCAGUUCCAUAUCACCGGCAGCCUCGACAGUACACCACACGACCAGUCACCACACCACGCUGUCGUCAAAUUUUAAUGAAUGGUACGUGUAAAAUAUUUUCACAAAGCCUGCAGAAAUAGGACUGGAGUCAAAGACUUUGAAAGUCAGCCUAUAACGCGACGACCGAGAAAAAAGGAGGAAGCCAAAAUGGUUGGUUAUAACGGCUAAAGAGAGAGAGUGAUGCAUGGACAAGGUGCAAAGCCAGCUACCAAGUUAACGGCUUUUUUCCUGACUGUUUUUUGAAAGACUGCACACAAGAGAUCUCAAUGCAUGCUAUCUGCGGGUCGUGGCCUGAUUUGGUUUUUCUUGUACAUAAAGAUUCCCAGUUCAAAAAUGUAAUAUUUUAUUUUGUAAAUACUUAUAUAACAGUUUAACGGAUUUGUGCAAAUGUGGUCCCUAGAUAUAUGGAAAAUGAAAUGGUUUUACCAAUAAUAUUGCGAUGACUAGUGUUGAUUGAACAGAAUGUUGUAGUUGAUGUGUACCAAAUGUGAAUUACUAAGUAUAACUACCGUCUCCACUAUAUCGACCUUACCGACUAUUAGUCUAUUAAUGUGCUUUUGUAUUUGGUGAAACAUUUCGUCUACGGUCCAGUUGGAGUAGCACAGUACUUACCAUUGCUGUUAGUUAAUGUCAUGUCGAUAAAUCGUGUAUAGUGAAAGUCUGAAACUCCGUGUCGUCUGUUUAUGUAGGCCUUCGUGAUAAAAUAUAACAACUAUUUGUUCAUUACCUUGAUAAUGUCAAGGAACUAUUACCUACAUGUAAAUAGCUAAAUUUUCCAUAUUUAUCUGCAUGUAAAGGGUUAGAAAUGAUCGGUAUUUAUGGAGAAAUGCGCUAGUAUGUAAAAUUUAGUUUGCAAAAAAUGUUUGGUUACAUUUCGUACAAUAUUAAAGGAUUAAAACUACAA